UGGAGAAACCGUUGAUCUUGUUUCCUCAUCAACCAUCACCAGCUACAAAGCUAUCCGCGCCAACCCAUCCCUAAAACCCCUCGUAUCCUCUCCCUAUUCUAUUAUUAUCCUGUAAAUAUUCUGGACAGUUAGGGGUUGAGUAUUAAUACCCUCUCUUUUUACCCUCGUUCUGCAUCUGCCGGUCGAGAUCCAACUCCUGGCGGCAUCCCAUGGCAGAGCUUCCUCGUUUCCGCAGAGGUUCUGAACGACCAGUCUAUGGCCGUCGCCGGUCGACCGUGCUCUGGCAUCGCAUCCUUCGCUCGUUUCUUCAUCUACUGGCCUGGAUAUUCUUAAUUCUGGUGGUCAUUGGCAAUGUCUCCAAUAAAUCGGUCCUCCGGAAUACCUAUUUUCUCAAAAUUGAUCUCUCCAAUAUCAUCCCUCUGUCGGUUCCCAACGCGGUGUUGAUUAACAGUGUUGCUCGCUCCAUCGGUCUGCACGACUUCUAUCAGGUUGGGCUGUGGAAUUUCUGCGAAGGGUACAACAAUGAGGGCAUUACCUUCUGCUCCAAACCUCGCGCUCUCUACUGGUUUGAUCCAGUAUCGAUCAUCCUGAGCGAACUUCUUGCUGGGGCAUCUAUUGCCCUCCCAGCAGAUAUUUCCCAUGCUCUGGACAUCGCCCGGAAGGCCUCGCACUGGAUGUUCGGCCUCUUCAUUGUAUCCACGGUCCUCACUUUUGUGCUUAUCUUCCUGAGCCCGCUGGCGGUCUCCUCCCGUCCCCCGCAGUCCAUCUCCCCAGACCCAGCAGUCAACCAAACUCACCCACCCCACCGACGGAACACCUUCCUCUUCCUACGCGCCCUCCCCUUCACUAUUAUUACUUUCCUCACCGCGCUCUUUACGGUUGUUGCUGCUGUUGUCGCCACCGUUAUGUUCAUCAUCUUCCGGAACGUCUUCACUAGCGGCAGUUUCAACCUGAAUAUCGGCGCCAAGCUCGGCACCCAGAUGUUGGCGUUCAUGUGGAUUGCGGCCGCAUUCAACCUCCUGGCCUUCAUUGUCGAGCUAGGCUCUUGCUGUACGGCUUGCUGCGGCGGGCGAAAGGCUCGCAAACAGCUCAAGUACCUUGCAAAUGGGUCUGCGGUUCCGAAUAUGCGGGAGAAGAAUAGCCAUUCAAACAGUCCGGCUACAACGAUGCACAAUAAAGAGCAUGACCAAGUCACAGGGUCUCCGGUCUCGCAGUGAGAAAUUAAAUGAGGGCCGGCUCGGAUGUUAAUAUGGAUACGCUAUACCCGGUAACCGGAUGUAUUAUCUUUCAUAGACUUGGGUGAAUUAGAGAUGGUGAUAUAUAUAUAUAUAUACAGUACGAUGCUAUUACGAUUUACGUUGUUAUGAUAGUACGAGAGCAUAGAUCAUGUACCUAUCCUAUCUAUGUAUACACUACACUCAUUUGAACAUAUAGAAAAAAUCAAGCCCGUCCCCUUCUCUUCUUCAUCCGAUCCUCGCUCUCAUCCUCAAGUUUUCGCUUUCCAGAUGUAUCUUCUCCACCCCGAUCCUCCGAAAGGCUAGACUUGACGUUGAGCGCUCCAUUCGCCUUGAGAACGCUGCUCCCUUUUCCUCCUUUCUUUUUCUUUGGCCCGGAUACCUCUCCAGACAAAGCCACAGAUAGGUGUCGUCGCUGUAAAACGGGAUUGCAGGCGAGAGAACGGAUAGGAU